GCAAGCUGCGUGUAUUGUCAGGCUAGGACGAUAAUGUCGAUGCAGCUGAUCGUGCAGUGAGACGAACUCCCGGGAGGUCGUAGACGUUCACAGCACUCACCAUGGCGGCUGCAGCUUCAUCUCUCCUCGCUGUACAUCCCUUAUGCCAGUACACAACUCCCCCUCCCCCCCAUCUGUGUAACAUGAGCGGCAAUACAAGCAGCACCCAGACUGCCGGUUUUGCAUGACAAAUUGGCACUGGAUUAUAGUGCUAUUUGGGCUACCAGAACUUGUCAUGCAAAUAGUGCCAAGGGGCACAGCCCGGAUUAGGGAUUUUGCAUUACAAAUGAGGGGGAGGGGGAGUUGUGGUUGUGCACUCUCAUAUCCCUCAACAUCCAGCGUCUUCUCGGGUUCCCGGCGCGUCGCUUCGGAUUUCCUGACCGCCGCGCAAAAUGCGAGCGCACUCUCCUGGUACCGGGAGUGGUCCCCGCACGCGUUUUUCAAGACGAAACCCACCAACGCGGAUGUAAAGCGGUACUGCGACUUGUGGGUCGGCAGCCUGCUGUCUACUUCCGCGGCACCUUCUGGAGCAAGUGGACAUACGGGAGGACGAGGCGGGGACGAGGAGGACCACACUAUUGGUUCCACCCCUGGUGGUUCUACUUCACGG